UGGCUAACUUCCUGACCGGGUCGCGAUCGCUGUGGAGGCGGUGCUGGGCUAGCGGCGGGUUGGUCAGCUGCCUGCGCGCCGCCGGCGAUGCUGGGGGGCAGCUCCGGGGCCCGCGAGCGCGAAGUGGAGGGCGACAGAGCUGGGGCCGUGGCUGCGCCGCCCGCCAUCGACUUCCCUGCCGAGGGUCCAGACCCCAAGUACGAUGAAUCUGAUGUUCCAGCAGAACUCCAGGUAUUAAAAGAACCUCUACAACAGCCAACUUUCCCUUUUGCAGUUGCAAACCAACUUUUGCUUGUUUCUUUGUUGGAGCACUUAAGCCAUGUGCAUGAACCAAACCCACUCCGUUCAAGACAGGUGUUUAAAUUACUUUGUCAGACCUUUAUCAAAAUGGGGCUGCUGUCAUCUUUCACCUGUAGUGAUGAGUUUAGCUCAUUACGACUACAUCACAACAGAGCUAUUACUCAUUUAAUGAGGUCUGCUAAAGAGAGAGUUCGUCAGGAUCCUUGUGAGGAUAAUUCUCAUAUCCAGAAAAUAAGAUCAAAGGAAGUAGCCUUUGAAGCGCAAACUUCACGUUACUUAAAUGAAUUUGAAGAGCUUGCCAUCUUAGGAAAAGGUGGAUAUGGAAGAGUAUACAAGGUCAGGAAUAAAUUAGAUGGACAGUAUUAUGCAAUCAAAAAAAUCCUGAUUAAGGGUGCAACUAAAACAGAUUGCAUGAAGGUGCUACGGGAAGUGAAGGUGCUGGCAGGUCUUCAGCACCCUAAUAUUGUAGGCUAUCACACUGCAUGGAUAGAACAUGUUCAUGUGGUCCGGUCACAAGCAGACAGAGCUUCUAUUCAGUUGCCAUCUCUGGAAGUACUCUCUGACCAGAAAGAGGACAGAGAUCAAUUUGGUGUAAAAAAUGAUGAAAGCAGUAGCUCAUCCAUUAUCUUCGCUGAGUUCACCUCAGAAAAAGAAAAACCCUUCGGAGAAUCUGAUGUUGAAAACCAGAAUAACAAACUGGUGAACUACACUACCAAUUUAGUCAUAAGAGACACCAAUGAAUUUGAAUCGUCCAUUGAGUUCCCAGAAAAUGGUUUGGCUGAUUUAUCUACCAGAUCUAUUGUCAGGCAUCAGCUACCACUUAGGCAUACGUCAGACCUAGAAGAGAAUUUCACAUCCACCGAGGAGUCUUCUGAAGAAAACUUAAACUUACUGGGGCAGACAGAGGUGCAAUACCACCUGAUGCUGCACAUCCAGAUGCAGCUGUGCGAGCGCUCCCUGUGGGACUGGAUAGCCGAGAGAAACAAGCGGGGCCUAGAGCGUGUGGACGAAUCUGCCUGUCCUUAUGUUAUGGCCAGUGUUGCAACAAAAAUUUUUCAAGAAUUGGUGGAAGGUGUAUUUUACAUACAUAGCAUGGGAAUUGUACACAGAGAUCUGAAGCCUAGAAAUAUUUUUCUUCAUGGCCCUGAUGAGCAAGUAAAAAUAGGAGACUUUGGUCUGGCCUGUGCAGACAUCAUACAGAAGAACACAGACUGGACCAAUGGAAAUGGAAAUAGAACACCAACACAUACUUCCAGAGUGGGUACUUGUCUGUAUGCUUCACCUGAACAGUUGGAAGGAUCCGAGUAUGAUGUUAAGUCAGAUCUGUAUAGCUUGGGUGUGAUCCUGCUAGAGCUCUUUCAGCCAUUUGGAACAGAAAUGGAGCGAGCAGAAGUUUUAACAGGUUUAAGAACUGGUCAGAUACCUGCGUCCCUCAGUAAAAAGUGCCCAGUACAAGCCAAGUAUAUCCAACACUUAACUAGAAGGAACUCAUCCCAGAGACCAUCUGCUAUUCAGCUGCUGCAAAGCGAACUUUUCCAAAAUUCUGGGAAUGUUAAUCUCACCCUGCAAAGGAAGAUAAUAGAACAAGAAAAAGAAAUUGAAGAACUUAAGAAGCAACUAAGCCUCCUUUCUCAGGACAAACGGGUUAAAAAUGACAUGAAAGAUGAGGGUGUACCUAUCUAGCCUUAAUUAGGCUGUAUCAGUAAUAUGAAAUUGUACUCAAACUCUUAAAAUAGCCAACUGGAAUGUAAAAUUUCAAUCUUUAUAGGGUAUAGAUGGUAUAAUUCUUAAUUGUACUUAGUAAGCCUGUACAAGACUUCUUAAAGUUGUAAAUGUACUCCCAAACUGCUUUUUCCUUAAGUAGUUCUCUCAUGAUCUAGCAUCUUGAACUUAAGACUGCUCUAAAUUAAACCUAUUUGGCUCUCUCUCCUGUCCUACAAGGUCCUAUUCCUGAAAUUUCUACUUAAAUAUUACCAUCCAUCCAGUCUCUGAAACUAAAAACCUAGAUAUCACCUCAAUUAUUCUUUCUCUUAAACUCUGCCUGUUGACCAUCUAAUCCUCCUUUAGAAGGUUCUACUGCAGAAAUUGAAGUGUGGUCCCCACUCCUAUCACUGUCUAAGAUCAGGCCUGCACACUAACUGGACUGUUUCAGUUUUGACAGCUGCCAGUCUUCCCAACCCUUUCACACUGCUGUUAAUUACCAGAAAGGCACCUGACAGUUCGUUCCUUUGCUCAAAAACUUCCGCUGGCUCUGCUGCCUCUAAGAUAAAAGUUCAAUUAGCACCAACCUCCAACAUUUCUUUUCUCCCCACCUUUACCUUUGCAUCACUCCAAAACCAUGCCCCUGCAAAGCUUUGUAUUUCUUGACCCCAAAAUGAUCUCAGAGCAGCUCAGAUAUCAUCUUUCCUGUCUUUGCCCUGCACUGUUCUCAUGGUACUUUUUCCUUUAUAUAGCACUCAAGUCCCCAACCAAUCUGUACAUUCCUCAAAGGUAGCAAUCUGAUAUAUUCAUUUUUGUGUCCCACAAAGUGCCUGCCACAUAGUUGUCAGUCAUGAUGGUAUAUUGCACAUGAUUUUGCUGAAUUUUAAAUAAAAUGAAACUAAAAAGUA